GGGGGAGCGCUUUACCGCAGUAUCACUACAUUUCUGCACCACUCAUCAAAACUCUGCGGCAUGCAGACAGGAGCUGGGGGGGAGGGCAGUGAUUAGGCUGGCUCACCGUGCUGGACCGCUACAUUGUCUGCUAGCCAUUCAAUUCUUCAGACAGGGCAGAGCACAGUAACACUCGCUUGCUUUUGAUUCCCACUCAUUGGAGGGCGCACAGAGCUCUGGGAGACCUCUAAUCCUCCUCACACCUCCACGGCUGCGCAGCGGGAGCCAUCACUCCAGAUUUCUGCAAACCCAGCACACCGCUUCUUUUUUUUGUUAAAUAGAAGUUCGGAGGCAAAACUUUUUUUUUUUGCGUUAAGGCAAAAUGGCAAAUGACCGCGAGAAAGGCGAUUGGAAGGACUCCGUGUGGAACCCGAGGACGCGGGAGUUUCUGGGCAGAACGGCCAGCAGCUGGGGUCUCAUCCUUCUCUUCUAUUUAGUUUUCUACAUCUUUCUCGCCGGCCUGUUUUCUCUCACCAUGUACGUCAUGCUGCAGACCCUGGAUGACCACAAGCCAACUUGGCAAGACAGGCUUUCCACUCCAGGCAUGGUGAUUAGACCCCAUGCUCAUGAAACCUUUGAGAUUGUCUACAACAUCCAGAACACUGAGAGCUGGGACAUGUAUGCUCAGGCCCUGGACAAGUUCCUGUCGCCCUACAACGACUCCAUCCAGGCCCAGAAAAAUCACGAGUGCACCCCUGACCAGUACUUCCAGCAGGAGGACAGUGGUGAUGUGAAGAACAAUCCGAAACGCUCCUGUCAGUUCAACCGCACCAUUCUUGAUGUCUGCUCCGGUAUGCAGGACCGUUACUAUGGAUACCAGGAGGGCAAACCAUGCAUCAUCAUCAAGCUGAAUCGGGUGAUUGGGAUGCUGCCAGGAAAAAAUGGACAGGCCCCGUUUGUCACCUGUGGUGCGAAGAAAUACAAAGUUGGAAAAGAUCAAUGGAGAGAAGACACUGAGAAAAUUGGAGAGUUGGUUUACUACCCUCCAAAUGGCACUUUUAACCUUAUGUACUACCCUUAUUAUGGCAAGAAAGCUCAGGUGAACUACUCUCAGCCUUUGGUUGCCGUAAAGUUCCUUAACAUUACUCAGAAUGAAGAUGUCAACAUUGAGUGCAAGAUCCACGCCAACAACAUUCCCGCGGGAACUGAAAGAGACAAGUUUGCUGGGAAAGUGUCUUUUAAGCUGAGGAUCAACACUAACAACUAGGUCCACCCACUCUCUUCAUUCUCUGCAACACUGCGCAUACACCGAAAAAAAUAACAGCAUUCACACCCUUUGUGGGAUUUGUUUACAACCCCACUCGGUUUUUCGAAGGGGGGCAAUUGUUUUCCCAGUAGUGGGACGCGAUGAGGCAAGAGUAAAAGGGUGGUAAUCCUGUCAUUUUUUCUGUCUGUGAGCAUUCAAACGAAUACUUUUCUGUAAAUUAGUUUGAGGUGACGUGUAUUUAUACUGCAUGAUAAAUUAGGGGAUAUGAAGGAUGUGUUUUCAAAAUUUGCAAAGAUCAGCAACAUCACCACAGUAUUGCUGCUCACCUCCUGCUGCCUCCUUAUAGAGUAUCCCUCUAUAUAUGGAUAUACACAAAUUACAAUGCAGAAUGUGUAUAUCUCCAGUAUUUAUACAGCAUCAUCACCUAUAUCGGUACCUCUAUUUUGUUGCACUUAAAAGAAUAAUCCAACAGACUUGCAUAUAUCUCGAUGGAUGGAUGCAGAGAUGAAGCCAUUUGCAUGUGUGUAUUGUCCUUAGUGUGCUAUGACGGCAGGAGGCCCCCCGUUUCCCACCUCUCCCAUCAGUUUGAAAUAGGCCUAUGUUAAAUGACUGACCACCAGGAGGGACCACACUGCAGGUUCUAACCCUCACACACGUCUAAGUGUGUGUGUGUGUGUGUGUAUUUUGAAAACAGGUUACAGUAAGUUCCCCUAAAAAAUGUGAAGUAUCCAGCAGAAGUCCUCAGAACUGGAGAACGUGUGUUUUUGUGCAUGUGUGUGUGUGUUUGUAUUCCAUUCCACAGGUCAAUUUCAUACUGUAGGUCGGGAAGUUGCAUGCAAUGUGCAAUAUUCAUUAAGUGGCAUACAUUAUGAAUGCUUGUGUCCAUUCUUCAGAUGACUCGCAGUGGAUAAUCAUUGUUUUAGAAUAUCUGAUAUUGUUUGAGCUGCGAGCAGCCUGUAAGAUGGUAAUUAUUUAUAUCUAGGUUGCUGUGAAUCCUCGUGUUAACACCAUAUCAGUUAUAUUAAGAGACUGUAGGUCAGUCACAUGUCUCAAAUACAGAUUUUUCAGUUGAAUAAAAUGACAAUACAUCAGAUGAAAACAGAAAUUAAUAUUUUGUUGACAUAGCAAUCCUAAUUACUGGGUUUUUAUUC